CCCCGCCGCUCCCCGCUCCGCAUCCUCGCCCCGCCCGCCCCGCCCCGCGGGCUGAUUUACGGCUCUGCUGAAAACGCCGCCCCGCUGCCGCCACCAGCAACAAGUCGGGUGAGUGCGGCGACCUUGCGGGCGGCCGAGGCCCGCGCCGAGCCGGGGCCCGGCGCCGCUCCGCUCCGGCAAGGCCCGGGCGGCGGCCGAGGCGAGCGGAGCCGCGCCGAGCGAGCGGAGCCGGCGGGGCCGUGCGGCCGGAGCGCCGCGCCGGGUGGGCGCGUCCCCGGGCGGAGAUGGCGCGGUACCCCUGAGGAAUCGCCGGGAAAGUUUCCCAAGUUUCCCGUGGGGCGCGGACGCGGGCCGUUCCCUCCGGCGAGGAAUGCAACAGACAGCCCGGGAUGAAGGCGGGCACCCCUGGCCGGAGCCGCUCGGCGGCGUCAGCCUCCCCUUCCGCUGCCCGCGAUGCGGCGACCACACCAGGUUCCGGAGCCUGUCCUCCCUGCGGGUGCACCUGGAGUACAGCCACAGCUUCCAGGAGAGCAGCCUCCUGGCCAGGAGCAGCCUGUUCUCCCCGCUGAAGGACGCGGAGCCGGCGUCUCCGCCGGAGCCCGCAGCCCAGGGCAGCCCGGGCAGCCCCGGCGGCGUUGCCGCGCAGCCCGCGGGGCCCUACCUGAACUUGGGCGGCGCGUCCUGCGGGAGCGGCAAGGGCGAGCAGCCGCGGGAGCUGGCGGCCGAGCGGCCCGGCUCAUACCUGGCCAAUUAUGUGUCGGCUGAGUCUCCCAGCGAGCUUUCCAAACCCGGCCUCUCGGCCGCUGAUUCCAAAGCCUCCUUCGAGGCACACGUCAGAGAAAAGUUUAACAGGAUGGUAGAGGCCGUGGACAAAACGAUCGAGAAGCGGAUCGACAAGCUUACCAAAGAGCUGUCCCAGAAGACGGCGGAGCUGCUGGAGGUGCGGGCAGCGUUCGUGCAGCUGUCCCAGAAGAAGCAGGAGGUGCAGCGGCGAGAGCGGGCCCUGAGCAGGCAGGUGGAUGUGGCGGUGGAGAUGAUCGCAGCCUUGAAGCAGCGGCUCAGCGAGUCCGAGGAGGAGCUUCACCGCAAAGAGGAAGAAGUUGUUACUUUCAACCACUUCCUGGAAGAAGCAGCAGAAAAAGAAGUGCGGGGGAAAGCCAGGCUGCAGCACUUCAUCGAGAACCUGUUGCAGCGCGUGGAUCUGGCAGAGAGGCAGCUGGAAUAUUACCAAAGCCAGCAGAUGGUGUGCAACCACGCUGACAUCAGCGAGCACGUGUUUACAGACAUUUCAUUAAAUAAGAAACCCAGAUGCCUGAGCCGAGGAAGUCAACACGCUUCAUACAACAUCCCUGAUGCAAAGGCUCAUUCCUUUCAAAAAGGAAGGAUCUUGUUGAAAAAAGCAAAGGAUGAAAAAGCCAGCUUGCAGCCAGUGAAAUGCUUCUAUGAACCUGUCGAUUGCCCAAGGGAAAUAUGGAGAGCACAAAAGAAGGGUGAGCCAGUCUGCUCUGCCAGGAAAGUGAGUGCAAAAUCAAAGAUGGGUAAGAAGGCCAAACCGCUAUAGGAACGGUGAGCAGUGUGCAGCAGCACAGGAACUUGGCUUCAACACAACAAAUAUUGAAUGGAGUUAGUCAUCCUACUUUUUUCCUAUCCAUCUGGCCAUGCCAAAACAUAUCAGAUAUAAUAUAUAGAAAUAUAUACAUAUGGAAGUUUUAUAUUAUUUAGUUAUGCCAUUCCCUCUUUGGGCACUAUAAAAGAAGUGACAUUUUAUUCAGUUUACAUGGAGGUUUUUCUAUUUAUUCAUGUAUUUAUUUAUUUAUUUAGUCAUUUAUAGAGCUUAUUUUAAAUGACUGCAGUUAUCUUGCUGGGCAGUACUGUGGCUGUAUGUUUAAUUAUUUUAGUGGCAGCAUGCUCUAACCAACUGGUAAAUUAUUUUCCAUCUGUGUUAUUCCUGAAGUUCAGAGGAAUCCAUUUAAUCGGCACCAAAAUAUUCAAUCUUCCAGCUUAGGUAGGUGUGAGAUCAGUGACUAACAGACAUACUUAGAUGCAAAAGACCUACUCAAAGUCCCUCGAAGGCUGUUUACAGCACUAGAUUGCUACCCUGGGUUUUUGGCUAUAAGCACAUUUCCAUCUUUUAUUAAAUACAUCAAACUACUUGAUCCUGCCAGCAGCCAUGUUGUCUAUUUGGUACAAGUUUGGGCUCCUCUGAGGUGUCCCUCAGCAGGGAGACCAGGAGCUGCCCUGACACGCACAGUCCAAAUUGGGCCAGAGGAGGAAUUUCAGUGCCAAUGCCCACAGCAGGUUAUCAGCUGUGGUGCAGCAAGUACAGGCUAAAGCAGUGUGGUACUGCAUGGCAUUGUGUUCAAUGUCUGUGCUUGGUCUCAGGCAUGAGAGGCCCAAAUAACCAUGAUUAUAACCCAAAUCCUUCACAUUUUUAUCUCUGAAGAAUCUUGACAGAGCUGAGAGAUCACUGACUUUGAACUAAGAACCCAAGUGCAAGGCAGUUGGAGAUAACUGCAGAACACAAAUGUGUGUGUUUACACUGGUUUGUGCCAAUUAAAAGGAUCCUUAUUUAUCAGAGAAUUUAUUUAUCAAGAUGACUUUUUUGUGUGUACAGUAUUUUGGUAACAUGAAUCCUCAUGCCAUGUUUACAGAUACAAACAUCCUGAUGAUGUUACUGAUGAGGUUUGUUUUCUCAAGAAAAAGAAAGGAUAGGUGACACAGGUCUAUGUGAUUUAUUUUUUAAAUGCUCAUAACAGAUGUAAAUUGUUUAUGUGGAAGGUGAUUUUUACAGUAUGUGUACAAAGAUUUGUGAAAAAUGUUUUUCAUUUUUUAUAACUAUGUCUGUAAGCAGAACUGAGUAUUAAAAGACAGUGUAUCACUAUGAUUACUGCUGCAAUAAGCACCUGAGUUGCAAUAUUUUUAAAGCAGAUGACCAGUCAGCUAGGAUCAGAUAACUACAGAUGUCAUACAUUUGUCAGUGUACAGAGCUCCUAGAAAGUAGCAGAGAGAAGAAAGAGUAUUAUUCCUCACUUUUAUUUUAAAUAGUGUAUAUGGAACAAUCAAAUAUAUGUUUAAAAGUUUCUCAACACUGUUUCAGUAGAAAGUCACAGUGUAAAACCAAUUCAGGUAUUUAGGUUGUAAUGAUAUUUCAAUAUUUAUUUAACUAUGUCACAAGGCCACACUUGGCUUCAUGCUAGGCAUUGUGUGUGGUGAAAAGGAAUUGUUCAUUGUGUUGCAUGGGCUUGGGUCAGAUUGUGUUACAACAACUUUUAUAGGCAAGCUAAAAUUGAACCAGUUUUUUCUAUUACUUCCCAUAUCCUUCCACACACCUGAAAAAAGGACCUUCUUUGAAGAUGACAAAGGUGAACAUUAGAAAGAUAAUAAAGUAAAAUAUAUUAAUUCAUUUCUUUAGGACUUGACACUGAAAGAAUAUUUUUAUUUUUAAAUGCCUAUCUACUCUGUUAGUCACCAAAGUUAAGUGCAACUGCUAGUUCCCAAAUGAGAUGUUUAUUUUAUUAUUUAUCAUGCCAAAAUCUUGACUGUAAGUUUUCCUUUUGGGAGAGGAAGAGGAAAAGAGUAAGAGAAGUUGCAUGUUUUUAAACUUUUCAAAGCCUAAUUUACACUUACUUACUAAACAAAUGCCAGUUUAGUUAAUUAGAAAGAAAUUGGAUUGUACUGUAAUCCCAGAUAAAAGUUUUUAGAAUAUAAACAUUCUAAUAAUAAAGAUAUAUUUCUCA